UCAGUUAAAACAGAAGAAGAAGAAUCAAUAAACAUGCGUCGCAACAUCAAAUUAAUUGUCUUCGUCAGCAUCAUCUGGAUGUUCGUGAUGGUUUACUAUUUCCAAUCCAGCACGGAGAAGAUUGAGAAUCGUGCUUUACGCUUACGUGAGGUGGCAACAGCCAUGCAACAGUACCAGGACGACAUGACGGCCGGUGCAUCGACAGCUCGACAAUGGGCGCCCGCCGCCGCCAACUCCGGCCUGCGUGCCGCUGGAGCUGCUGCGGGCGAUGACGAUCCUGGUGGCAACGUCAUUUUAAUCGGCUCCGUCAAGGACUUUGAACGCAAUGCGGUGCAUGGACUCAAGUUGAACGGCAUCGUGGCUCUGGAGGAGACAUCUCAGGGCGCCAAUGCUGUCGGCCCUGUGGCGGGACGUCUGUCCGUCGGCGCUAGUGCGCGAACUGGCGGCGAGGUCGAAUACUUUGAUGAGGCCGGCUACAUACGAGGCGGAGGACUGAGAAGCGGCGAGGAUCCCUAUAUAAGGAAUCGCUUCAAUCAGGAGGCCAGUGAUGCGCUGCCCAGCAAUCGAGAGAUACCAGACACCAGGAAUCCCAUGUGUCGCACGAAAAAAUAUCGCGAAGAUCUGCCCGAGACGAGCGUGAUUAUCACCUUCCACAAUGAGGCUCGAUCUACGCUGUUGCGCACAAUUGUGAGCGUUCUGAAUCGCAGUCCAGAGCAUUUAAUUCGCGAAAUAGUGCUGGUGGAUGAUUACAGUGAUCAUCCCGAGGACGGCAUGGAGCUGGCCAAGAUCGAUAAAGUGCGCAUCAUACGCAAUGAUAAACGUGAGGGUCUGGUUAGAUCUCGAGUUCGGGGCGCCGAUGCCGCUGUUAGCAGCGUCUUGACCUUCCUCGACAGCCACGUCGAGUGCAAUGAACAGUGGCUGGAGCCGCUGCUGGAGCGCGUGCGCGAGGAUCCGACGCGCGUCGUCUGCCCCGUCAUCGACGUAAUUAGCAUGGACAACUUCCAGUAUAUUGGCGCCUCGGCGGAUCUACGUGGCGGCUUCGAUUGGAAUCUGAUCUUCAAAUGGGAAUACCUCAGCCCCGCCGAGCGAGCGGCCAGGCACAACGAUCCGACCACGGCCAUACGCACGCCCAUGAUAGCGGGCGGCCUGUUCGUGAUCGACAAGGCCUACUUCAACAAACUGGGCAAAUACGACAUGAAAAUGGAUGUCUGGGGCGGCGAGAACUUGGAGAUCUCGUUCCGAGUCUGGCAGUGUGGCGGCAGCCUAGAGAUCAUACCCUGCAGCCGAGUGGGUCACGUGUUCCGCAAGCGCCAUCCCUACACCUUCCCCGGCGGCAGCGGCAACGUCUUUGCCAAGAACACACGGCGCGCCGCCGAGGUCUGGAUGGAUGAAUACAAGCAGCAUUACUACAAUGCCGUACCACUGGCCAAGAAUAUUCCCUUCGGCAACAUCGAUGAUCGUCUGGCUCUCAAGGAGAAACUGCAGUGCAAACCUUUCAAAUGGUAUCUGGAGCAUGUUUAUCCCGAUCUGCAGACACCCGACCCACAGGAUGUGGGACAAUUUAGACAGGAUGCGACCGAAUGCUUAGAUACAAUGGGUCAUAUAGUAGACGGCACUGUGGGUCUCUUCCCCUGCCACAAUACGGGCGGCAAUCAGGAGUGGACUUUCUCGAAGCGCGGAGAGAUCAAGCACGAUGAGCUCUGCUUGACGCUCGUGCAGUUCUCGCGCGGCUCUCAGGUGAUUCUCAAGCCGUGCGACGAGUCGGAAAACCAACGCUGGAUCAUGAAGGACGGCGGCCUGAUCAAGCACAGCAAGAUCAAUGUGUGCCUGGAUACGCGGGAUCACCAUGAGCAGGGCAUCAGUGGGCAGCGCUGCAAUUCGGCCUUGGCCACGCAACGUUGGGUCUUCGCCAAAUACGCGUGAGAGCUGGCAGCACGGGGCGAGCCAACGGAGACGACCAACUAAGUAAAGCAAAACAAAACCAAGUUACUGCAACUCCCUGAAAAACGACGUUCUGCUGGCAAGGAGAAAGUGGGAGUGAGUGGACGUGAUAUAUAAGCUAAAUGGAUUUAAAGAGGCGCAGAUUGAUGAAGCGGAUGACGAUGUUGUUGUAUGUGGUUCCUAUGUUUGAGCUACGGUUAACCACACACAUGCACACACACACAGACACACACACACACACACUAUACACACAUAGAUACGACAAGUACAAGAAAUGGUUUGACAAGAAUAAGUUUCAACUAUACGAUAUUUAAGUUAAAAGUUGGAUGUGCAUAAGUCUAUCCGUUGGGGCUAACAAAAAAUUGUUGAAAUACAUUCUCAUAUGUAUGUGUAUGUAUUUGUAUAUGUAUGUAUUCAUUUUCCAACACGAUGCAGGCGAUUCAAAGAUGAAGAAGAAGCAUAAGGAUUAAAACACGUACUUAGACUGAUUAAUUUUUUGUAUAUU